AUGACAGCAAUGCAAAAGGAACUCGGGGCCCAGAGCCUCCGCCUCACCGACGGGGACUGUUUCGACAUGUGGCAUGACUACUUGGAGCUGGGCAAAGUGCUGGAGAGGCUGCGCGGCACGCGUGAGGUGGACCACAGAGGCACCGAGGGGCCAAAGGAAAAACCGACAACACCGUGGGGCCACGUCCAAACCUCAUCUGGGAGUGCGGAAUACAGAAACUCCGCAGAGACGAGCUCAGCCAGCAGUCAGUCGGACAACGGGACGUCCUCAGACUACUGCCGCUUCUGCAAGCAGAACGGGGAGUCUCUAAGGAUUUACCGGUCACACAGGCUGAAAUCUGAAGACGGGAAAAUCGUCUGCCCCAUCCUUCGGAGCUACACUUGUCCCAUCUGUGAAACCACCGGGGACUACGCUCACACGCGCCGAUACUGCCCGCAGGCGAGGGAGGCUGCGAAGGGUCUGCCAAGGUCCAGCUUCUGGUAGCUGAAGAUGGACACUGAAAGACUGAUGAAAAGACUGUACAUAAUUACCAAAAAAACGUUUUGGCCAUGUGUUCAUGUGUACAUAUGCUGUUUCAGGUUCCCAAGAAUUGUGCAGCUACUCCUCUUUGUAUAUAUUUGAUUGUAACUUUAGGUUUUUAAAGUUUUCUUACCAGACUUCUGAGUGGCAGCAGACUUGGCUGCACUU